CGAGUUGGCAACAUUGCUUGGGAGUUGGCUGUUGGAGUCCAACUGUUGGACUUGGGUUAAUCAUAUUAUCAUAGUCAACCGUUAAGUUUACAUUCUAUAAAAUUCAACAUAAGUUAUAUUUCAUUGAUAUUAUCUUUCUAUUCCUACCUCUUGUUAUGGAAAAAAUGGACUAUAAUUAUUUCAUUUUUGGACAUCAACCCUGUCAAACACGUGAAGCUAAGUAUUUAUGUAUUGAUGCUAUUUAUGAAAAACUUCAUCGUCCUAAUUAUUAUGAUGUAGGAGGAACAUAUAUGCAAGAAAUUGGCGAAUACUGGUUUGUUACAAAAACAGACCAGAUUGGUGAAGUAUUUUUAAUGCACAUUUUUAUCACUAACAAGCUGGAAGGUGUUGUCAGUUUUAGUAUAAGUAGUGACAGUUCUGUUAUAUUUGAUAAAGACCUAAAUUUUGCAUUUCUAAGCUCCGAUUUGAGCAAGUGUGAUUUUGGAAAACUAGAAGAAUCAACUUUCAAAUAUGUGACUACAUACAGUUUUGAUAUUAUUGAAGUAGAUAUGCUUAAAGGUAAGCAACUUCUUAUACCCAUAUCUUUUGUUGAUAAAGACGAGAAUACUAGGCCUUUGGAGGCAGUUCUAGAUUUUAGCCCACUCUUGGAAGAACCAAUUGGAGCUGACUUUACUAUAGAAUCAGAAGAUGGAGAAAAGUUUCUAGUACAUAAAGUCCUGCUUAUAGCUCAUAGUGAAGUUUUUAGGGCAAUGCUAAAAGAAGACACUGCUGAGAGUAAAAACAAUUGUGUGAAAUUAAUAGAUGUAAACAAAGAGGACCUGCGACACCUUCUAUUUUUUAUUUAUUCUGGAACUCUGAAAGAGGUGGAAAAUAUAAAUUUUUUUAAUAUGCUUAUUCUUGCAGACAGAUUUAAUCUCUCUGGUUUGAGAGAAUUAUCUGAACAUGCUUUAAUUCAACAAAUUUCAAUAGAUAAUGCAUUGGAAAUGCUAGCUGUUGCUGAUUCAUAUAACUCUCAUUUAUUAAAAACAGCAUCUUUAAUAUUUAUAAAAAAAAAUAAAUCAGCCCUUGAAAAUAACAUUUUUGAUGAAAUAAAUAAUGCUCAAUUGAUAAGGGAAUUGUGUAAAUUCUUAGUUUCCUAACCUUGUACAGGGAAAAAUGUAAAAUUAAACUUAUUAUUGAAAAUUAUUUUUAUGAACAAUGUGAUAUUGACUUACCAACAUGGUCAACUGAUUGAUUGUGUAAAAAUAUAUCCAUGUUUUGGCUCAUAAUGAGCAAUUCUAACAUAUUAUUUUCUAAAAUAAUUGAAAACUUUUAAAAGAUAAUUAUUGUUUUGUUGAUUUUUUGUAUUUACAAACAGUUUUGAAGAGUUUGAAUAAUUAAACCUAUAUUAUAAUAUUUAAUAA